UACCUUUCGUGUUCAUAGAGGCCCCAGCGUCAGUCCUCUGGUCUAGAUCGGCACAGAAAUGGGGGGAGCUGCUUCUGAAAUACCCCCCCCAGCUGAGUGUAAAACAAAGAGAACUGAGAGUGACCUGAUGGAGAGAGCAGGCUCACCUGUACCCAGCUGUGUUUCCAUGAAGAGUGACAGGUCAAUGAACCACCCAAUCUUCUUCAGAGACGGACGUUUUCCUAUAGAUCAAAGGGACCGAGUGAAUAGAGUGAAUAAAGGAGACUUGUCAUCCAUCUUCAAGUUACUGGAGAAAAAAGCUCAAAUGUUUCUGAAGGAUGAGCUGAUGAAGUUCAAAAGGUACCUGGAUCAGAAUGACCCAGAAUGCUCUGAGCCUCAGCUGGAGGAGGACAAUGACCUGGACAGUGAUGGUCAGAUGCAGAAGACCUGUGGUAGAGAGGGAGCUCUGAAGAUCACACUGUACAUCUUGAGGACCAUGGAGCAAAAUGAUCUCGCUGACAUGCUGGAGAAGAGGCAUCUUCUGUCGCAGUGUCAGUGCACAACCAAAUAUAAUCUGAAGAAGAAGUUUGAGUGUGUAUUUGAAGGGAAAGCUAAGGAAGGACAGCCAACACUUCUCAAAGAGAUUUACACAGAACUCUACAUAACUGAAGGGGGAGCUGGAGGAGUCAGUGAUGAACAUGAAGUGAGACAGAUUGAAACAGCAUCCAAGAAAAGGGCAAUAGAAGAUAUUACAGUCAGGUGCAAUGAUAUAUUUAAACCCUUACAUGGACGUGCGACACCUAUCAGAACUGUACUCACAAAAGGGGUCGCAGGUAUCGGGAAAACAGUCUCUGUGCAGAAAGUUAUUCUUGACUGGGCAGAAGGAAAAGCAAACCAGGACAUUCACUUCAUUUUUGCUCUUCCUUUCCGGGACCUGAACUUGAUUAAGGAUGAAUACAGUCUGAUUGACCUGCUUCACCACUUUGUCCCAGAACUGAAAUCGCUUGAAUCCACUGCCAUGUAUAGAUACAAAGUUUUGUUGAUCUUUGAUGGUCUGGAUGAAUGUCGCCUUCCUCUAGAUUUUCAGAACAAUGAGAGCUGCUUUGAUGUAACAAAGAAAACAUCACAGGAUGUGCUGUUGACUAACCUCAUUAAGGGAAAUCUGCUUCCAUCCGCUCUGCUCUGGAUAACCUCCCGGCCAGCAGCAGCCAAUCAGAUACCUCCUGAGUGUGUCCACCAGGUGACAGAGAUACGAGGGUUCAGUGAUGCCCAGAAGGAGGAGUAUUUCAGGAAGAGAUUUAGUGAUCAGAGCCUGGCUAACAGGAUUAUCAAACAUGUGAAAUCAUCAAGGAGCCUCUUCAUCAUGUGCCACAUACCUGUGUUCUGCUGGAUUUCAGCCACUGUCCUUGAAAGGCUUUUUAGUGAGACUGAGAGGGGAGAAAUUCCAAGGACCCUGACUGAAAUGUACACACACUUCCUGAUCUUUCAGGUGAGUUUAAAAAAUGACAAGUAUAUGAAAAACUAUAAAACCAAGCUCAAGGAAUACAGCAAGGAAUUCCUUUUGAAACUUGGUAAAUUGGCUUUUGACAGCCUUGAGAAAGGCAAUCUCAUAUUUUAUAAGCAAGAUCUGACAGAGAAUGGUGUUGAUGUCACAGAGGCUUCAGUUUACUCUGGAGUGUGUACAGAAGUCUUUAAAGAGGAGUAUGGGUUGUACCAGGAGAAGGUGUACUGCUUUGUGCAUCUGAGCAUCCAGGAGUAUCUCGCUGCUUUAUAUGUGUUUCUGUCAAACUCGUCAGCUGACCUGCUGAAGACUGCAGUGGAUGAAGCAUUAAUGAGCAAUAAUGGACACUUGGACCUCUACCUUCGCUUCCUCCUUGGCCUCUCAACAAACUCCAGUAAGAUUCUGUUACAAAAACUACUGGGAGAUACAAGACUCAGGUCACAUAACAUUAAGGAAACAGCCCAGUACAUCAAGGAGAAAAUUCAGGAGAAUUUAUCUGCAGAAAGGACAAUCAACCUGUUCCACUGCCUGAAUGAACUGGGUGACAAUUCUCUUGUAAAGGAAGUACAAGGAUACCUGAGUUCAGGAAGUCUUUCAGCAACAGACCUCUCACCUGCACAGUGGUCAGCUCUGGCCUUUGUGUUACUGAUGUCAGAUAAGGAGCUGGGUGUGUUUGAUCUGAAGAAAUACAUCAGAUCAGAUGAAGGUCUUCAGAGGCUGCUGCCUGUGAUCAAGAAAUCUAGGACAGCUCUGCUGGACAGCUGUAGACUCACAGAGACAUGCUGUGAAGUUUUGGCUUCAGCUCUCAGAUCAAACUCCUCUCAGCUGAGAGAGCUGGACCUGAGUGACAAUGACCUGCAGGAUUCAGGGGUGAAGCUGCUGUCUGCUGGACUGGGGGAAUCACACUGUAAACUGGAGAUACUGAGGCUGUCUGGCUGUAGAGUCACAGAAGAAGGCUGUUCUUCCCUGGCUUCAGCUCUGAGGUCAAACCCCUCACACCUGAGAGAGCUGGACCUGAGCUACAAUCACCCAGGAGACUCAGGGGUGAAGCUGCUCUCUGCUCUACUGGAGGAUCCCAGCUGUAAACUGGAGAAACUGAAUGUGGACCACAGUGGAAAGUGCAGGACCAGACCAGGGGUCCAGAAAUACUCCUGCCAGCUGACGCUGGACCCCAACACAGCAAACAGAGACCUGUCUCUGUCAGAGGGGAACAGGAAGGUGACACGGGGGGCAAAGCAGCCAUAUCCUGAUCAUCCAGAGAGAUUUGAGUACUGGCUCCAAGUUCUGUGCAGAGAGAGUCUGACUGGUCGCUGUUACUGGGAGGCUGAGUGGAGUGGAGAUGGAGCCCGGAUAGGAGUGACUUAUAAAGGAAUCGGGAGGAAAGGAGACAGUGAUGACUGUGGGCUUGGAUACAAUGACAAGUCAUGGAUGCUGCUUUGCUCUCCUCACAGUUACUCUGUCCGACACAAUAAUAAACAGACUCUCAUACCCAUAAAGCCCUCAGGCUCCCGCAGAGUAGGAGUGUAUCUGGACUGGGCGGCUGGUACUCUGUCCUUCUACAGAGUCUCCUCUGAUGGACUGACCCUCCUGCACAGCUUCACCUCCUCAUUCACUGAACCCCUCUAUCCAGGGUUUAGGUUUUAUUCAGGGUUAUUUUUUAAUCCAAACUCCUCCGUGUCGCUGUGCAUGCUGGGAUAGCUCACUGUGUGCUGGAGGAAUCAUUUUUACCGUAUCAGAGUGUCACAUGUCGCUGCUUCUCCACGGCAAAAAGGUAAAAUCUCUGCUUUAUAACCAGUAUAACCCUUUUUACUUUGUAUGAAGUGUGACGUAUGUUAGACAGAAAUAAAUGAAUGUUUGUUCAGUUUGCCAAA